UGUUUCUAUAAAAAUAAAUCACCAACCAAACUAUUCUCAUCACACACCACAUCUUCAAUUCCUUCUCAAUUAUCACAUCUCUCUCUCACACACAAGAAAUUUCAUAAUACUCUAUCAUAGAAAUUGUGAGCAUCUCUUAUUAUUAUUAGAUCAAUUGAGAAAUUGAAAAAAUAUAUAGAUGGAGAAUUGUAGCUAUGAGAAAGUAGGUUUGAACCUUGAGGCAACAGAGUUGAGGUUGGGUUUGCCAGGCAGUGCUGAUGAACAUGAUGAGAAACUCUCGUCAUGUAGUUACUCAUCAUCAUCAUCAUCAAGUGUUGUUAUUAGAAGCAACAAGAGAUCUUCACCUGAAGAAUCCAUUGAUGAUGAGGAAGAGCUCAAAAGCAACAAGAGAACCAUGAUUUCUCAUCAUAAUGAUGACCAAGACAAAAAUGUCCCACCCUCAAAAGCACAGCAAGUAGUAGUGGGGUGGCCACCAAUUAGAUCUUACAGGAAGAACAAUGGUGUACAACAACAACAAGAACAAAAGAAGAAGGGAGAAGAGGUUGAUGGGGUUGGUAUGUAUGUGAAAGUGAGCAUGGCAGGUGCACCUUACUUGAGGAAGAUUGAUCUCAAUUUUUACAACACCUACCAAGAAUUACUCAUGGCUUUGGAAAAUAUGUUCAAGUGCACUUUUGGUUUAUUAUUAAACACAAUAACUUAA